AUGGAAAAGCUUGCCAUAAAUUCUUCUGAUUCUGUGGCCAAGUACAACGACUCCAUAGAGAUAGACUCCUAUCUCACAUCUUUCAACCUAGUUGACAAGGAUGACAAGCCAGACAUUAGAAACGUCAGGUACAAAUCGUCCACAGAGCAUCUCAACUGUCCUAUCUGCCAACAGCCGUUCAUAGACCCUUUGACUACCGUUUGUGGGCAUACAUUCUGCAAGGACUGUAUCUUCGAAUGCCUCAAGAUGUCCAAUCGAUACGAGACCACGUCUGAGCUCAGUGGGUGUUGUCCAUUAGAUAGAACCCCGCUUUCCUGUUCCAAUACCAACGACUUGUUUCCUACUCCGCUUUUGAUAACGAACCUCAUCGACGAUCUCAAGGUACAUUGCUUGAAUAACGAAAGAGGGUGUGACUGGGAAGGGAGCAGAUGGGAAGUGGAGCACCAUGUCUUGGUCGACUGUGGCUAUACUGGGGUCAAGUGUAAUGGAGUUAGAGAGGAGGGCCAAGUUUGCCACUUAGUGGUGGAGAGAAGACACCUUGACGAAGAGCAUGAAUGUAUCCACAAAAUAAUAUCGUGCAACUUCUGCAAGCAAAAGACCACGAAAAUAACGCAAGACACACAUUUGAACGAGGAAUGCUUAUUGAAUUACCAGACCUGUGAAUUAUGCCUCAAUGACAUGAUCCCGUUGAAAAACCUUGAAAAACACCAAGAAAACUGCUCAAAAAUUGGCCAUGUCAAAUGUCCAGCGCACGAAAUUGGGUGCAAAUUCAUUGGAAACAAUGAGACAUCGUUGGAGAUCCAUUUGCAAUCAAAUAACUGCCAGUUGAAUCAGUUCCUACCCUUCUACAAUAAGUUGAAUGACAAAGUGGAAUCGCUUACCCAUGAGAACGGGUUUUUGCAAAGGCAAAUCAACAAGAUUCUAGACUCCAUAAUACAGGGCAAGAUCACCAACCUCGGCUACAAUGAAGCUAUUGAGGAAAUCAACAAGUAUGGAAUAGACGACCAAGAUAAGUUGGUAUACUUGAACUUCGAGAUCGACAGACUCAAGUUUGAAAUUGACGAAAAGUUGCUUCCCUUUAUGAACAAGGAGAAAAAUAACGAACGUGAGAACAUGAUGAACAACCUUAUUAACGAUAAUUUUAUGAUGCGGGAAGACCUCAAUCUCCAGAGAAUGCUUAUCAAUAGCUUGAGAAAACAACUACAGUUUUUGCUCUUUGCCCGGAGAGGGGGCAUGAUGCCUGGCACAAAUAUUGCUGGGCCAUAUGGGGUUAAUGGAUCUGGAAUUCCUAACCCGGCUAGUGACGAUUUAAACGACUUGUUGGAUAUUUCCAGCACCACCAGCUCUGAGGAGCGGUUAAACUUGAAGUUAUAG